CUCACACGGCAGCAGAGGACGGACAGACGCGCACGCAGCGUCCACACGGAGAGAACACCGGAUGCCCACAAGGGUCUCCGACGGAGCAGGAAUUCGCUUUUACGGAGCCUUUUCUGCCGCCCGCACCACUGGCUGAAGAGCAUGACGGUCUCCGGGGUCCAGGCUGCACCCAGUCGGUCGGGUGGCUGCAAAAUGAGGGGCGCUUCAGCACCCCCCAAGUGUCCCGCCGGAGGUCCGUCCAUCCCCUGCACCCGGUGGGCAGGGGUCUUUGUAGAGGAAGAUACUGGGGCUCUGACAUGAGUGGCAUGUUCCCCAAUCUUCUUCAGCACUCAGCUUUUUCAACCAAUAAAGUGGGGUUCCCGCUGGGGCAGGAUCACGCCUUCCCCCUCAGUGUUCUCCUGGGUCAGCUGAGCCGGGUGGGCUGCUCACCCGAGCUCACCCAGCCCACGCAGGACCUGGAGGGGGUACAGACACCCACCUGCCUUUCUGCCCACACCCGGCCAGCCCCGAACAGCAGCAGUACCAGCUCCUCCAACUGGGCACCCACAUGCCCGGGCAGCGGUGCUGACUCACAAGAAGCCACCGCCCCUGGCAGGCGUCUGUCAAGCAGUGUGUUCCUGGGGAGGGGACAGGGGACAGGGUCAAAGCUGCCCCCCCUCGCCCUCAGAGUCCAGUGGCUGCCACGCAGAUGGAGAAACUUAGCCAGAGAGAGAGGGCCUCCUGAGGUGCAGAGUGCAGAGGGCCCUGGCCACGUGUUGGUGUCCUCACCAGCCCCUGGCCCGUCUCACGGGCCGGGACCGGCAGCCAGCAGUCCUAGGACGGAGCGUGUGGCUCCUAAGUCCUCACCUGACCGCCUCGCCCCCGUGUGUGAGGAGGCCUGUCGGGCCACUGUCCACCCAGCAACAAGACAAGAGGGGCUGCUGGGGAGGCGGAUGGGCACCAAGACCUUCACGGCGCUGCUGAAUUAAAAACGGAGACGGGAAGUAGAACA